CCCUCCUCUGACAGCGUUGCCUCACUUGUUCUGCAUUAGUACUGGCCUUCCCAGCCGCCAGCCUGCAGGUUCCGAGUUAGUGACCCGUGCGCUUGACAGCUGCGCUCGCUUCGCAGUCCCCCGGCCGGCACAGGCUGACCCACGCCGCGCUUGCAAAUGGCGGGAAAGGCACACAGACUGAAUCCUGAGCAACGAGAGCAGCUGCUGCCCAAUCUCAGGGCUGUGGGUUGGACUGAAGUUGAGGGCAGAGAUGCAAUUUAUAAGGAGUUUGUCUUUAAAAACUUUAACCAGGCUUUUGGUUUCAUGACAAGAGUGGCACUGCAAGCAGAGAAAAUGGAUCAUCACCCAGAAUGGUUCAACGUCUAUAACAAGGUCCACAUAACUCUAAGCACACACGAGUGUGGCGGGCUCUCUGAGCGAGACAUUAAACUGGCUACCUUCAUGGAAGAAGCCACAGUUGGUCAUUGACAUCCAAGGACAGCACCAGUUGGCGGUACAAAAACGACCAAUAGUUGAGGUGGGACCUAGCCGGAUACAGUCAUCAGCAUUUGUUAAGUGUUUUUUUUUAAAUCAUCACCCAUUAAGAGUCAAGCUGUAUACAAAUAUGACUGAAUAGAACAUCACUUGUAGCAGUACUAGUAUACUACAUGAGGAAAUGUGCCUUUUAUCAAUAAAAUUAACUGUUUCAUUCA